UCGAACGUUUAUCCGUUCCCCGCCCUCUACCUACCUUACCCUAAGGUACUAGGCUCCAUCUCAGGAGCCAUGCCGCAACUCGAGCCCCCCGAAGCCAGCAGCCCAGGGCACCCGCCCAUCGACGACGGCCCUUCUUCUGGUCCAGAGGCACAGGAAAGCGGGAUCCCAGAGAAAAAGCCAAUACAGAAAACAUGGAGAUUCUUGGGCAGGGAAUCAUCGUUUCCAUGCAGUUGAUCUCAAUACUGGCGGCUUUGGACACGACGGUUGUGUCCACGGCAAUGCCGUCCAUCCUUAAAGACGUCGGAAAAUCGGCUGGCUGGAUAUGGAUUGCCAACGCCUACUUCAUCACCAUGACGGCCUUCCAGCCCCUAUUCGGCCAGGCGGCAAAUGUGUUUGGCCGACGGAGCAUGACCAUCCUGGCCACGCUUCUCUUUGCCAUCGGCUCUGCCGUGUGCGGAGCGGGCCCGAAUCUUGGUACUGUUAUCGCCGGCCGCGCAAUCCAGGGGAUCGGGAGCGGAGCCAUAAGCAUCUUGAUCGAGAUCAACGUCGCCGAUCUGGUGCCUCUUCGGCAGCGACCCCAAUACAUGAGUAUUGUCUUGCUCGCGUAUACCAUCGCUGCAUGUCUCGGUCCCGUCAUUGGUGGCCUGUUUGCCCAGUACGCCACUUGGCGUUGGGUCUUUUACCUCAACCUCCCCGUCUCCGCGGUUGCACUUGUGACGCUUUGGAUCUUCUUACGAACACGGCACAGGCAGGAUGCCGUUCUCAAUAAGAUCAAGCGUGUUGAUCUCGGCGGAAAUGCUCUCCUCGUUGCCUCGGUCGUAGCCGUUUUGAUAGCCCUAACAUGGGGCGGUACCGUGUACGAGUGGUCAUCGUACCAGACGCUGGUGCCGCUGAUUCUUGGGCUCGUCGGCAUCGGCGCCUUCCUCUGCAUCGAAUCAACCACGCUGAUCCCAGAGCCCACCAUGCCGCUGAGGCUGUUCUCCAACCGUACCUCGCUGGGCGCCUUCGGCAUCGCCUCGCUCCACGCCUUGCUCACCAACUUCACCGUCUACUUCCUCCCUGUGUACUUCCAGGGCGUGCUCGCGACAGGGCCCACGCAGUCCGGCGUCAACCUCCUCCCCAUUCCCUUCGUCGCCAUGCCCUUUGCCAUCCUGGCCGGCGUCGGCACCACCAAGUACGGCCGGUACCGACCCUUUUUCUUCGUCGGCACGGCUCUCCUGGCGCUCACGUACGGGCUUUUCUCGCGGCUGGAUGAAAACACCUCGACGGCCUACUGGGCCGGCGUAGAGUGCAUCUGUUCGGCGGGGCUCGGGGUGCUUACCACGACGACGUGGCCGGCGGUGCAGGCGCCGCUGGAAGAGGUCGACCAGGCCAUCUCCACGGCCGCCUGGGGCUUUGUACGCAGUUUUGGCUACGUCUGGGGCGCGGCCAUCCCCGCGGCCAUCUUCAACGCGCGCGUGAACGAGCUGGCACUUGCGCAGAUUUCGGAUGCGACAGUGUUGCAGUCGCUGCUCAAUGGUGGUGCGUACGAGCUGGCGUCCAUUGGCGGCGGCACGGCCGCGCAGGACUGGAGCCCCGAGAUGCGGACGACCAUUACGGCCAUAUACGUCCAGGCGCUGAAGCGCUGCUGGCAGGUGGCCAUGGGCUUCGCGCUGUUGGGUUUCCUCCUUUGCUUCGUGGUCAAAGAUGUCCCGCUGCGUGAGGAAUUGGAAACCGAGUACGGCCUGGAAGACAACUCGGCCAAUAAGGAUGACGCGACGAAGAACGCUGCAAUCGUGAAGGAAGGAGAGAAGGAGUCGAAGGCUGCCUAGUCAAAGUACUGGUAAAGAAGCUCUUGCCGAGGUUAGAAGAGCAAAACCCAAUAUCACUGAGUUCCUAGUACUUCCCCAUUACAGGGAAACACCAUAUACCUGGCCUUAGUCUCGCGUCUUGAAGCCUGAUGUGAAUUGAAUGGUUCUGCGAUAGCUGGAGGAAAGGAACCGCAACGUAGGUUGUGGCGUUUGCGAUCUCCCUCUGCUAAAAUGCGCUAAGCCGAUUUGUGGAAGUGGGCUGCCUGGCACCUGCCUGCCCAGUGCUCAGUGCCCACUGUACACUAAGUGUUACAAUUGGCAGGUGCCAGUGCCAGGCAGCCCACUUCCACAAGCGGUUAGCACACCUUAAAAGCUAGAUACCUAUCAAGCAACGCCACAGUUGCUUUCCUCCAUCAUCAC